GCCAUGUCUGGGCGAGGGAAGCAGGGCGGCAAGACUCGCGCCAAGGCCAAGUCCAGGUCUUUUAAGGCCGGGCUGCAGUUCCCGGUGGGUCGUGUCCACCGCCUGCUCCGCAAGGGCAACUACGCGGAGCGGGUCGGGGCCGGCGCGCCGGUGUACCUGGCGGCGGUGCUGGAGUACCUGACGGCCGAGAUCCUGGAGCUGGCGGGCAACGCGGCCCGCGACAACAAGAAGACGCGCAUCAUCCCGCGCCACCUGCAACUGGCCAUCCGCAAUGACGAGGAGCUCAACAAGCUGCUGGGCCGCGUGACCAUCGCGCAGGGCGGCGUCUUGCCCAACAUCCAGGCCGUGCUGCUGCCCAAGAAGACCGAGAGCCACCGCCACAAAGCCCAGAACAAAUAAUUUCCAAGCCGUGAAUCCUAGCGAGUGUGACCUGAACCGUUUGCAGAAAAAAACCAAAGGCUCUUUUCAGAGCCACUCAGAUGGUCAAUGGAGGCUGUGCAUGAAAUGGCAAAGGUUAGAACUGCGCUUCUCCAGGAAUAGGCAACCGUGUACCUAUAUCCA